UCAGAGUCUUCGAUGCUGCAGUUAACAUUUUUUGUCGCCGUUUAACUCAGUUUAACUGUAGCGCACAUACGAAUUAAUUAAAAAUGUUCUGUUAGUUUUUUAAAGGUACAUUGCCAAACAAAUUAUUCAAUUUUUCGAUUCUGCAUUGUGAUUUUAUACUUUGAACUUGAAGUUAUUACAAAAUACUGUGGAAUAGCUUUGAAACAUUGAUAAAGAAGCAGAAACAAACGUGUCUUAUUCUGUAGUAAACGUCAUAGAGAUUUCAAAUUUCUAUAGAUCAAAUUCGCGACCGAAAGGUCGCGCGUAUCAAUGGAGAUAUAUACGUUUGACAAGAGUCUUCAAGAGAGACUGGUUGAGCUGACUGAAAUAUUGUCUAGCAGAGAUGAGAUUGUGCCCGCUUCCCAAAUCAAAGCUGAAUGGUUUUAUCAUGUGGAACUUGUAAUAGAGCCUACUGGUUGGCGAGCAUUGUGGAAGAUACCUCGAUUAGUAUGUGAAGACUUUCAGGUCCAUUACCCAACUAUAGUGGUGGUAGAAGUGGAGCAAGUUGAUUUUACUGAUCUAUCAGCAUUGGUUAAGAUCAUUGCUGUUCAAGAUGAAAUUCAUCUGCCAGAAAAAUAUGAUGUGCCACUCGUAGAACUAUAUCCAACUCACAAGCAAGAAAACAAUGCAUUAGAUAUGGAGGGCACUGCCAGCUGCAUUGACCAACUGCGAUUCUUUUAUAAUUACCUGUGGAUGCCAUGGGACAUAGAUGAUGAUGAUAACACUGAUUGGGUGUCUGUACAUCUUGAAACUAGGAUCAGGUUAUUCUUUGACAUGAAGAGGAGCAUUGUCAGUAAAGAAACUAGCGAUGUCAUUAGAAGUUUGAUAAGAGAGGGCAGGGAAGUUCAGCAAAGGAUAGCAAGAUUGGAGGACACUAUUUCUGAAGAAGAAGAGUCUCAUGAAGAGGUAGAUGGAGGAACAGCAUGUCAAUUAAUGAAACUUCACUUCAGGCUGCAACAAAUCAAGAGGGAGAUGGAAGUUCUUGAGAAUCCUGCCAUGAGAGAGAUCCUUGUAAAGAACAGAACAGAUUCCUUGAACAGUGAGAAACUCCAGAGAAGAGACAGCAAAGAAAGAAGCACAGAAGGGUACUUUGUAUGGCUGGGUGGCACUCUUGAAGAAAUGAAGGAAGCUAUAAGCAAAACUCAAGCAUAUUUGACUCCAGAGUUACACUUUAAAAUAUCCGGGUCUUUACAAGAGACUCUACAGGCUUGCGAUUCAGGGGACAUAAUCGUAAUUGGAGAGGGAACUCAUGACAUAAAGAGCGCCGGGAAUUUAGAAGAGGGGGGUACGAUUAGGGGUAUUAGUAGUGUAGAACGUACUGUUAUUUCUGUUAAAGAUACUGAAACCGCACCAUCUUUACUGGAUUUUUCUGGCAACGAAGUAUUGUUAGAAGGUAUUACUAUAGACGCAGGGGAUCUUAGAGCUGUUGUGAUUGUUAGAGCUGGAACCACGAAAAUAGUUAAUUGUCGAAUAUGCGCAUUGAGUCAAAGUAUAGUUAAAUUAGGCGUUGUUGUUCUACCAAAUGCAAAAUUGAUCAUAGAGAAUUCUGUAUUGGACGGCCUUGGUACAGCCGUGGUCAUCUACAGUAAAGGAGAGGUGUAUAUGAACAAUUGCAGUUUUAAAAACUGCGUCGAAGGUGUACAGCUGUAUGACGAUGUAAAACUGGUGAUAAGCAAUUGCUUCCUAGAACAGUUCAAAGAAUACGCAUUGCGGCUGGAGACUCAAAAAUAUUUGUACGGGACAGAAAGCAAAUUUGGUAGUUCUGAACUGUUAGCCGGUGUGUCCGAAAUUUCGUUGAAGGAUUGCAAAUUCGGUGGGAAUGGCAAAGGAGACGUUAUUUUGAAACCUGGAACGGCAUUCGCUUCUGCGAAACAAGAUAGAACCUUGAAGUAAUUCGACGAGUUUCAAAUCUCGCAAUUUUCUAUUUACAAUUCGAAAUUGCAUGUAUCGGUGCUCCUACAAAAUAUACAAAUUUUGUAUUUUU